CUUCGUUUCUUGAGAAUUUGAUAUUAGUUGGGGGAAAAAAUCUGGAGGGAGCGAAACGCGAAUGUUUGUUAGUGAAUAAAUAUGUCAAAGACAGGCGAAACAGUGGUCCCUGCAGACGAAAGUGACACUCUAUUAAUCAGGCCAUUGGGCUCGGGACAAGAAGUUGGAAGGUCAUGUCAUUUGCUAGAAUUCAAAGGCAAAAAGAUUAUGCUAGACUGCGGGAUUCACCCUGGACUUAAUGGUUUUGCUUCUCUUCCCUUCUUGGAUCUGGUAGAGGUGGAGGAUGUUGAUCUACUUCUUAUCAGUCACUUUCAUCUUGAUCACUGUGGUGCCUUGCCAUACUUUCUGGAGAAAACACAGUUUAAAGGUCGAUGUUUCAUGACACAUGCCUCCAAAGCCAUCUACAGGUGGUUGUUAUCUGAUUACGUAAAAGUUAGUAAUAUAUCCACAGAAGACAUGCUUUAUACCGAGAGUGAUAUAGAAAACAGCAUGGACAAAAUAGAAACUUUAAAUUUUCACCAGGAAGUAGAAGUGAAUGGCAUCCGAUUCUGGUGCUACACAGCCGGUCAUGUGUUGGGAGCAGCCAUGUUUAUGAUAGAGAUUGCUGGUGUCAGGGUUUUAUAUACAGGUGAUUUCUCAAGACAGGAAGACAGGCAUUUAAUGGCUGCUGAGAUCCCCAAAAUUCACCCGGAUGUUGUUAUCAUUGAGUCAACAUAUGGCACUCACAUUCAUGAGAAGAGAGAAGACCGAGAGGCUAGGUUCACUGGACUAGUCCAUGACAUUGUCAGUAGGGGUGGCAGGUGUCUUAUACCUGUGUUUGCCCUUGGGAGAGCCCAGGAGUUACUUCUUAUACUAGAUGAGUAUUGGAGCAAUCACCCUGAAUUGCACGACAUUCCUAUCUACUAUGCAUCAUCACUGGCCAAGAAAUGCAUGAGUGUGUACCAGACUUAUAUCAACGCAAUGAACGACAGGAUACGGCGGCAGAUUAACAUCAGCAACCCCUUUGUGUUUAAACACAUAUCAAACUUAAAGAGUAUGGAGCACUUUGAGGACAUUGGUCCAUCGGUUGUUUUGGCCAGUCCAGGAAUGAUGCAGAGUGGUCUGUCCAGGGAGCUGUUUGAGAGCUGGUGUACAGACAAAAGAAAUGGCUGUAUUAUAGCAGGUUACUGCGUGGAAGGCACACUGGCCAAGCACAUUCUGUCAGAGCCUGAUGAGAUUAUGACAAUGGCUGGUCAGAAGCUGCCCCUGAAGUGCUCUGUGGACUACAUAUCAUUUUCUGCUCACACAGACUACAAACAGACUAGUGAAUUCCUCCGAGCUCUCAAACCAGCUCAUGUUGUGCUUGUUCAUGGAGAACAGAAUGAGAUGUCGCGAUUGAAGGCAGCUUUGAUUCGAGAAUAUGAAGAUGACACAGAGUACCAAAUGAAUGUCCACAAUCCUCGAAACACAAUAGCUGUAGAACUCCACUUCAGAGGAGAAAAAAUGGCCAAGGUUGUCGGCAGUCUUGCAGCAGAAAAGCCUAAACAAGAUCAGCGAAUCUCGGGAAUAUUGGUCAAAAGAAAUUUCAACUACCACAUCAUGGCACCAACAGAUCUGUCAAAUUACACGGACCUGGCAAUGAGUACUGUGACCCAGAGAUUAAGUAUCGCCUACACUGGGACAGUGGCUCUGUUGAGGUACUACCUUACACAGCUCUCCUCAGACAUCGAACAAUUGGAGAAGGCAGACAAACCCACGUUGAGGAUAUUCAAGUCUGUCAACCUCGUCAUAGAACCAAAGAUGGUCAUUAUAGAGUGGGUGGCUAAUCCUGUGACAGAUAUGUAUGCAGAUGCAGUAGUGACCGUGGUCUUAAGAGCAGAGAGUGACCCAAUGCCGCAAAAAAGCGUGCCGCCCCCACUGGUUGUGGACAAGUCUCAUGUUCAGGAAUGUCUGUUAGAGAUGUUGACAGACAUGUUUGGCAGCGAGGGAAUCAGCAAGAUGAUCAGAAACAACAUGGUCACCGUCACAGUGGACGAGAAGAUUGCAACCAUCAAUGUCGAUUCGCUGGAGGUGCGUUGCGAUGAUGAAGAGCUACAGCAGGUAUUAUUGACAGCUGUCAAAAAUCUGUACCAGGCCAUUGCACCAAUCAAACAGACAGGCUGACAAAGUGACCACCCCUUUAAUAGUUGUGGACUCGAACUGACUAGAGGGCGGGGCUCUCUGUUAACCAUGCUCCUAACACAAGAGAAUUUCUUGUCAUUUGAAUUAGUGUUACAAAGAGACACAAGAAUUCUGUGAAAGUUCAUUUACCAUCUUGUUUGUUUAUGCAGUGAUGCUCAUUAUGUGUUUGCAAUGAAGUCUGCAGGAUGUUUCAUUUCAGAUUUAUGUUUUAUGGAACUUUGAUGAAUAAAUGAUUAAUACUAGAAAAA